AUGGGAUGCUGUUUCUCCAGGUCUGCCGGCCCGAAUUCGCCUUACCCUGGCGGCGCGCCCAAUGCGUCCGCUCGCCACAUCAACCCCCCUCCAGUUUCGCUUCCAGAAAGCGUGCAAACGGGCUCUCGGGCCUUCCCUCACCCGCGACGUCGAGAUCAAGAUCCACUGGACGAGCAUAUCAACAAGCCCUUACGUCGACAUGUGUGGAAGUCAGCAGAUCGCCAGUGGACGAAACAGCAACUUGACGACGAGAGAGCCGAAUUCUUCGAUACACGAGUAUCUGGACGCUCGGAAAUUUGGCAAACGAUUCACGCUGCCGUGACUGUGUUGCAAGAACCUGGAGGUGAAGGCUGUGACGCCUUGGGAACUGCACAGUCAAUUCUAUCUGCUGCAGAGAUCUCGCUGCCGACAGGCGAUCUUGCGAACGGCGUCUACGAUUCGCUUGGCAACUAUUACCAGCUCCCACAGUGGGUUGUUUCCGAUCCGAGCAAUAUUUCUACUCCAAACGAAGGGGAUGAGGUGCCCGAAAUGUCAAUGACUGGAGAUGACGGCACCACGGAAAAUGAAAUUAGUUAUCUCGUAGCUGAUUCCGAAAGACGAAGGCAGGAAAAGGGCAAAGAAGUUAUCGACGGUCGUGACCAGAUUACUUUACGUGCACGUCUUAGUGAGAAUGGCAGGGAUUUUGAUGUCCGCAUCAGCAAAUUGGAUACCGUACGAAAUAUAACCAGGAAACUUGCUUGCCAAGCAUCGCUUCCCACCGGAAAGAAAAUCAGAAUUGCCUACAUGGGCAAGAUGCUGAACGAUAACCAGUCUCUUGAAAUACAGGGCUGGCAAACUGGCCAUGUGGUUAAUGCGCUCGUCUUCAACAGAGACUGA